AAUAAUAAUAAAUAUUAAUAAGAUAAGGUACAUACCGCAACUACGGUACCUAUACAUGAGGGUCCCGGAAAUACCAGAUGGUAAUCAAUUACAAAACUUCUCCCAACGUUUGAUGCAUGCGACUUCUGCAACAUUUCUGCCAAUUCUUCGAGCCGCAGGAACAAGAAGAGAAAGACCCCCUCCCACAAACUUGAAAAGCGACAGAGCCCCCCACCGGAAUCCCAUUGUUCAUUCCAAAAACUCGAUUUACUUUCCCUGUUGAUCCUUGAUUUGGUUUAUUUUUGUAAAUUACCGGUCGCCUAUCCGCUUUGACGUCGAACCUACGUGCCUAUACCCGAGAAAAAACAAGAACCCUUGAUAUUUGUUUCCUACCCUACCGCGCUUGGUAUCUCACACGCCCCAAGCUUUCCACCUAUCGACAAUACCAGGGACUUGGACGGAGAUACCCAGCUAUCGACAACUUUUUGUCCUUUCUGCAGCAAGCCUGGGGGCCAAGUAUUUGCGUUGCACCCUCCAGGGUCGCACCCUGGAAACCCACCCGAGCCUGCCUGGCAUGCGGACAGAAAACAAGUCUCCAGGUACUGUCCGGACACCUGCCUCAUUGAACCUCUGUGCCAUUCGCAGCUGUGGGAGCUUUUAGGUUUUACCCCCCCAGCGCGCACCGGCUUCAUAAUUCAACACUGCUUCACAGGCAGCCCCACGGUCAUGUAAAUUCGAUCCCUCUGGCCACAGUUAGUAUCUUAGCAUUGCACACGGCAUCAAACACCGGCUCCGCGCAACACAAACCGCAGACCGUCGCGAUCGCCAAACUCGACAAAUACUCGCCACUUGAGGAAGAGCCAGGAGUCGCAUUAAUGAAAUCUCGCAGCUUCCCCGAUGAUAGCCUGCCCGACAUGGACGCUGGGCUGCAACCUUAUCCCAACACUCUUCCUGCAACCUUCGGACCUACCAAUGUGACACAAGGAAUGCCUUUUCAUCCGUCAUUUGAGGACAGUACAGGCCUUGUCGACUCUGGGAUAAGGCAGACUCAGGUCCAAGGGGACGAUCCCUAUCCUACUGUCUUCCUCGAAGAGCAGGCCAUGGCCCAGCAGGGGAUGGCAAACGCAACCGCCGGCGGAUUGGGCUACGGGAUGAACCCGUAUACCAUCGCGCCUCCGGCACCGCUUGUGACCGCGGUCGACCCAGGGCUCCUCGCCGCAGCGUCUGGAGAGAAACCAUCCAUCUCUCGGGUACCGUCCCUGACCACUACAAACUCGAGUGGAAGUAAUGCGAGCCGCAUACCGAAAACAGGAAGGCCACAGAGCAAAUCCUCCCGCUCAAGGUCUUCCAGAUCCAUCUCGUUUGGUGCAACAGAUUCGCCCGUUGCAGAUCCUCCGGCGAAGAAGAAAAAGCGCACCCAAAGCAAUGCGACGGUUGGAUCGUCCGCGACAAGAACAGUCAGGUCUAGAAAGACGUCUCCGGACGUCGAUGGAGAUGAUGACGGCAAGCGCAGUACGGUGCUUGAGCGGAAUAGGGUUGCGGCGCUCAAGUGUCGAAAGAAGAAGAAGGAGUUCGUCCAAGAUUUGGAGGAACAGUGCGUCGAGCUUGAAACGACAAAUCACGCGCUCCACACGGAAGCUCAGGUGUUGAUGAAUGAGUUAAACAGCAUGAAGAACCACCUGAUGGACCACGCGUCUUGUAAGGAUCCCCGGAUCGACAACUGGCUCGAGUUCGAAACUCAACGUUUCGUUCGGGAAAGCAAGGAGCGCGCCAUGCGAGAGCAGGGUGGCGUAGGUGGUGGGUUGACCUAUGAGAAGCUUAUAGAAUCGGUCGCGCCUACCACGGCGACUGCUUCGUCACAUCGAAGCUCAUUAUCCGAAAGUAUGAUGGCGGCUUCGAGACGAUCGAGGCAAGGAAGUGCCGGUUCAUCUCAGACGGCCGGGAUGCCGGUAAGAUGUCGAUCAUCGCAUUCAAUAUCCGAGAGCGCAUGGAACUCGCCCAUGGAACUCCCGGUCUAUGCCAUCGGUUCCGCCCAAACUUCUCCCACAGUGCCCCCCUUCAACACAAUGAAUCCUCUAGAAAACGAAGAAGGUUAGGAUCUCUUUUUUGAUAUGGAAAACACAGGUGGGUGGGAAUGUUCCGUAUGACGGACGGCAAAUUUUGUCAUCUUGUGUGUCGCGCGGUCGGCAUGAGCAUGAGUCAACCUGCCAAGUAAUCCUCCACUCGGAUUGUCUUGGGUGCAUGCUGCCUUUGUAUGCUUGAGAUUUCAUCUCACGACAGCGCUGAAUGCUGCAACGGGCAAACCCCCCCCCCCCCCCCAGAGGGGAGGUCACCUCGGCGGUCGCCUCAUAUUUUAUCUUUUGU